CGACUGACUCUUGUUCCCUGUACUCCAAAAAAACGUUACGGAGUAGUGAUUGACCACCGUAGCCUUGGCCUAUUAUCCUAUGUGCCUGUUCAACAGUCGAGUCGUUUUUUGACCUACACAUCCGCACAUAUCCAUACCUAGGUAUGGAGUACUUGUUACUCACAGACAUCCACAUUCAGUACUUUUAGUCCAGUACUUUUAGUCCAGUGGUGCUGUGGGUGUCUCGGGUCUUCCGCACCCUAUUUACAUCAGCCGAGUCUUGUUUCGCCACACUCGCCUAAACAUACUCGGAGGUAACUCGAGAUCACUACUUUUCACUCACUGCCACAAAGCCCAAGUUCAUCAGUUACACCCUCAGAGUCGCAGCCACCAACCAAUCUCAAGUUCUCAACAUCAGUACCACCAGCAUCACAGUACCACCGCCCUUCUCGUCGUCACCAUCACCGUUUACUCCAUCCUCUCCACCCUGCUGCAUCGUCCCGUCCCUGUUUGCCUUUCGUCCUUUCGGUCUCCCGCCUUCUGCUUUUCAAUUCCUUAUCGACUUCAGCCCUGCGAGUUCCAGACUCUUCUUGAACACAUCAAAAUUGCUCAACCCCCUCCACCAUCCCAACCCUUCAACCUCCCACCCCUCCACCCCUCCAUCCAUCAUCCUCAACCACCCUCGAUCAUCCUUCACCGUGGCUUCCUCAAGCCUUGUUCAGACGUGGACAUCCUCGCUCCAAAACACCCUUGACAGCCUCGUCGCCCAAAUCCUCCCUCAUCUACCACCACAAAUUCACGACUCGGUCGCCUCAGCCCUCACCACCUACUCGACCGCCUCCUACACCACUGUUGCCGCCCUCCUUCUUUCUCUCCUCUUCUUCCUGUCUCGCGCUCUCAUGAGCACCUACGGUUAUGUCGCCCAUGGCGCCCGCGGCGCUGGUUCUCCAUACAGCAGCAGCAUCAUAAACCAAUACCCUCGCAGUCUAUCCAGCCAUUUCGAGUACAUUGAUGCCGAUCAUGAUAUCCUCCAAGAUCGAGAUACCCAUAGACCCUCCCUCUCUCGUCUUCAUCACAACCCCGAGCCCCCCGAAGAACCCGACCGAGUCCUUGUCCGCUACAUGGCUUCCAUCUUCCCAGUCCACUUUGCUCCAUAUUCCAUUAGCGAGGAGGGCGCUUUUGUUGGCGAGCUACGCGAACAAACUGCCGCACUCUUACAAACAGACCCUCAGAGAAUCAGACUCGUCUAUAAAUCUCGUGAUCUCAAACACGAUUCCUGGCCCCUGAAGAGGUACCAUAUCAAACAAAAUAGUGAAGUUGCCGCCAUCAAAACAGAAGGGCCCCUUUAUUACAGCGACCGUGAAAGUGCCUCCUCCAGCGGCUCCGACACCGAAGCCACCCAGAACCAGAAUCCUCGCCGACGGCCCCGCGCCUUGUCCUCGGUCCGGCACCGAAGCGACGACAGCACUCCCCGUACUCAACAGCCUCCUCGGACCUCAGCUACACAUUUACACCCCAACGGCCAUGUUUCAGCAGGCACCCCUUUCGAGCGUCAAUCUCGCGGCACCCUGUACCCAGAUGCAGACCCUCGCCAGUAUCAACGACGCGAACCCUCCCGCUCAAGUCAACGGAGAGAUCAUCCAAUCACCGUUCCCGCUGCCUCGACUUUUACUCCUAUUUCCAUCUCUGACCCAACCACCCCUUUAGGCAAAUUACAAACUCUCUCCAAUACCUUGCGCGGCACAUGGCUCCCACUUUGCGAGCAAUAUAUUGCCAAUCCCCCCUCGGAUCCCCAGUCCCGCGCCAAGGAGCAUCGGAAGUUGACCGAGAGCAUUAUGCAACACAUCACACUAAAGGCCGAUGCCAUCGACGUCGACUCCCCAGAUGCUCGUUCCUUUAGGAAAAGCCUCAUCAACGAAAUCAACGACCUAAACAAGACAAUGGACGCCGUUGCUCGAGCAUAAUUCCGAAGCGAGCCAUCUGAUCCAAACACUUUUUCACGGCUUGAACCUCGACAUCUCCGUCGGCCAUUUUCCUUUGUUUGUAUAGAACCUGUCGUGACGGUCGAUGAGUUUUCUUGAUGUAUCAAUGGGUGGUUGGGUUCCAUAUUCUAUUGCAUAGCUGCGGUGUAAGGGCCAAGUCAGAUGCACGAGGCACAUUGGGACGGCUGAUGUCUGACUUGUGGAAGUGCGACACUCUGUCGAUAGAGCGAUGUUUAUGAAGAAUAGAAGACGAAUUUCUGUGUUGGUCACGGAUCACAAUCGAUUAGGUCUGUGGACCUGUCUCCACAACAGCUGUUGAAUUGCCAUGUAUCAUGUUGCUCACCUUUCCGAUAAUAGGACUCGAGAUUCGCUUCUAUAGGGAGACUGGAUUUAAGCCGUCGUAUCUCGAGUCGGCGGCAAUCCUUGUCAAACUUGACGCAUCGUUUGCCGUUCCAUCAAGUCCCUCGUCAAGUCAAAAUCACCACUUAUGACGUCCUGUAUCUCUCUCGCCCAGCCCACCGUGUCAGUCGCCUCCACCACCGGGCCGUGAUGAUCUAUUUCUUGGUCACUCUGUCUUGUUUCUCUUCAAUUUCGACUCCGCCGAGUUUCCGUCCAAAUGCAUCACUCAGACUCUCCGUCAACGUCUGGCCUACGUUGACGACAGGAAGUGUCGGUGGUCCGAUCGAUCGGACACUGGAUUGUAGCGAGCCCUUGGUAGCAGUGCUGCUGUUGUUGCCCUUGUCAUGUGGACUCUGUCCUUUGAGCGUGGAUCCAUUCCCAUAGAUGGUGCUGGGGGCCGUCAUUAUCAGGCUAGGAACGAAUGGUGAGGAUCAGAUGUAGUGCAAGGGGCGAUAAUCAUAUAGAAACGUGAGUAUUGGAAAUACAACAGCCACAAGUCUGAGGAGAGUGGCAAUGUGAGGGAUUG